AUGAAAUACACAUUUUACAUUUUUGUUAUUAAAAGAUUGUAUACUCGUAGCGGGGGACUAAGGAAACCCCAGAAGGUAACAAACAACCCAGAAAGUAUUAACAGAAAAGUUUAUUGGUGUUUUGAACACAAACCUAUUAAAAGGACAUUAGUUAAUUUGAUAUUCUCACACAAUGAAUUAAAACUUUUUUCGAAUUUUUUAAAUCACCCAAAUGUUGGUACAUCUCUAAUUCAUGAGUUGUCCUUAGAAGGCCCUUAUACAGGAUUUCUUCCAUCAAAUGAGGCGUUAAAAUUAAUUAGCAAAGAAAGUUUAAAUAAGUUAUAUCACGAUGAUAAUAAAUUAUCGGAAUUUGUUUUAAAUCAUUUCACAAGAGAUUAUUGGCUAUAUAGGGAUUUAUAUGGAUCUUCAUACCAACCAUGGUUAAUGUACAACGAAAAAAGGGAAGCUCCAGAAAAAAUUACAAACUUAAUGAACAACGACUUAAUGGUAAAAAUAAAAGGAGAAUUCAAAAAUUGUGAUCAUGCGAUUUAUUUGAAUAAAUCCAAAAUAAUUAGGCCGAACAUGAAAUGUCACAACGGAGUGGCACAUAUUGUGAACAGGCCAAUAAUAUUUCACGAACAUUUAGACAUUUCAGCGUAUCAUUGA